AGAAGAAUCCAAACAUGAAGCUUGUUAGCGUUAUAACUGUACUGUGGUUAGCUUGCGUAGCAAACGCACAAUGGCCGUUAUCCAUUAUAGACGUACUGGAGAAGAUAGGAAACGAGACGACUCUAAUUUCACUGACGAAACAGGCCGGUCUGUAUGACAAGCUCAGCGGUCUAGGACCCUUCACGAUGUUUGCACCGAACGACCGGGCCUUCGAACUACUUCCAAAGGACGUGAUGAAUAAACUUCAAUCCAACAAAACUCUGUUAAAAGAGGUUUUGGAGGCGCACAUUGUGACUGACAAGGUACCGAUAGUGGACUGGACCAACGACAUGCUGAUUCCAACUAUGGGAGGGCAGAACAUCCGGAUCAACAUCUAUGACGUAUCUCCAAUGGCAAUUACUUUAACGGCUAACGGUGCUGGGGUCGUGAACCCAGACUGUCACGCUAUUGCUGGGUUUGUUCAGACCAUCGACCUUGUCAUGUACCCGUUAAUAAACGGAACAAUCAUGACGGAGAUUACCUCCAACACCAACCUGUCUACCCUGGCUAACGCCGUCUCUAAGGCUGGUCUGGUUCCAACUCUUUCAGCGAGUAACGGAAACUUCACAAUAUUCGCUCCCACCAACGCGGCCUUUGCCAAGCUGCCGGCAGGAGUUCUGGACGGUCUGCUGAAGAACGUGACGGCGCUGAAGAACGUCCUGACGUACCACGUCCUUUCUGACGUCUACAACCGGGUCGGCUUGUACUACUCACACACGCUGAGGACCAUGGAAGGGAAGAAUGUCACCAUCAAAGCUACGUCUCGAGAAUCUAUUAUGGUGAACAAUGCUGCCGUUCUUACUGAAAUAUCAAAAAUCAACGGCGUCCUACAAGUCAUUGACACCGUCCUCAUCCCUCCAACUAUGCACUUUGAGUUGGUUCACAACAAGGACAAAUGAGAUGGUGGCUCUAACACAAGAGUUAAGGCCAAUAAAAAUCAAACAUCGCGUUUUCAAUUACAGUGUUGAAAAAUGUAGUUGGUAGAUUGGGAUUCCACCGAUUGGUCAUCCUCUUAGUGACGAAGAGUGCCCGUUUGUUCCCUUUGGAAGGAUUAUAUAUUCAAUCCAAUCCAUUUUCUAUGUAACCUGUCAGAUCUAGUCGCUUUUGAAUGCAUACCUGACACGUUUGGAACCCCAAUCUGUUCAUUGCAGUGCUACCCAGCGGUGUUAUGUAGAAGCAGUCAGUGUUGCCCUGAGGAAUAUAAUGAUGCAUAAAUACAACCAUGACAGAACACAAGUUGGGUGUUUUUUUUUUGUUCAUUUGAGGCCAUGUAAGUAUUCCUUACCUGCCCCAAUUUAUGGACACCGCCUUUGACGCCAGUACAGCGAAUUCGAAGAUCGAUCAUAAAGGAAAACGUGAGAUUUUAUGAUUACUGAUAAAGCCAUGCGAAUUUUCGGGAAAUUUCGGGAAAUGGAAGUACUGAACAGAUCAUCUGGACGCUACACGUUGUCAUUUGGACAUCUUAUGUGUCCUUCCCCUUUUUGCUCAGUGUCCUUUUAACUAUGACACUCUAUCUGGGGCAAUGACGCAAACAAAAAUCAUUUCGAUCCAGUUUUCAGAUAAUUGCGUAAUUCCAGAGUGUCCACAUAAUUUCACAAUUUUGACAAUUUGACAA